AUGCUCACCAACGGAUACGACGGCGAGGUGUGUUGGUCUUCGGCCGCUACUCUGGAAACGCGUUAUCGUUUGAUCUUUGAGACGGUGACUGGAAAUGGCGGCUGCCGCAUGGGACUUUGGCGAUCUGCAGUCCGUUGGGCUGGUGAACAAUCUUCAGCUAAAAAUAUUUCAAACAUAAGUAAAAUGGCCCAUUUAUAAAUAUUAUUGUUACUAGUUAUUAAGUAUUCACGAGAACUGGGCGGAAUGUCGUAUUGUAAAACCAGCGGAGACGACAGCGAUGUGUUUGGUCUUUGGUUGCCCUGCCGGCACGUUACCGUUUUCUUGGGAUGA